AUGGAUAUAGAGUCUGUAGUGGACCACCAACGCAGAACUUCUACUGCUUCGCCUCGUAUUAUUGUUGACGAACCGCCCAAGUUUGACCUUGAAACCUAUAUUUCGAAUUACACCGGAAGGACCAAAUUUGCCCGACUGUAUCUUAUUGGAACAUGCUCAAGCUAUCUCUCUGUGGAUGCUUUAAAGAUGGCAGUUGCAGAGGCGAAGUCUGGAAAGGACGUCAAGUGCUAUGAAAAUGCGGUUGAGGCUCUAAGUCGAGCCGCCCCGUCAGAUAACGAGGCUGUUCUUGACACCGAAUGGAUAAAUUAUACAACAAAACUUGUCAAGGCUGACACGAGCCGGUUGGAACGUGAACUGAAGGGGUAUAAAAACAACUUGAUUAAGGAGAGCAUUCGAAUGGGAAAUGAGGAUCUUGGUCAACAUUACCACCGCAUAGGUGAUCUAACUGCGGCCUCACAUGCAUUCUCAAGAAUGCGAGACUUCUGCACUACGACCUCGCAUAUUGCCUCGAUGCUUUUUAAGAAUAUAAUUGUUGCAGUUGAUCGCUCUGAUUGGCUUGGUGUACAGGCAAACGUUCACAGGUUACGCAGUCUUCAGUUUAAACCGGAAGACGAAGCGAAGAGUAAAGCUAAGCUCGUUGUGUCGCUAGGUUUAUCGCAGCUUGCCGCAAAUUCUUACCUUGAAGCAGCAACAACAUUUCUAGCUACGGACCCAGCCCUCGGAGAUAACUACAAGGAAGUAAUCUCACCAAACGAUGUAGCGGUAUAUGGCGGGCUCUGUGCUUUAGCGUCCAUGGACCGAAUAGACCUUGCCAAAAAUGUUCUCGAAAAUAAGUCAUUUCGAAAUUUUCUAGAGCUAGAGCCUCAUAUCCGCCAAGCGAUUUCAUUCUUCUGUGCUUCUAAAUUCCGGCUUUGUCUGGAUAUUUUAGAAGCUUAUCGGGCCGAUUACUUACUUGACCUGCACCUGCAAAAGCACGUUUGGACUUUGUACAGACGUAUCCGGACGAAGGCAGUACAACAAUAUAUCAUACCCUACAGCCGUGUGACACUUGAUGGUAUGGCCAAAGUAUUCUCUCCCAAGGAACAAAUCAGGGACGAACAGGGAAUGAUCAAAUCAAAUGGUGUAUUUGUGUCGGAACUGAUCACCCUCAUCCAAAAUGAAACGUUGGAUGCUAAGAUCGACUUUGAGAAGGGUGUGCUCGUUACUGGUGAAGUACCCAUGAGGGAGAAAUUGCACGAAAGGGCGUUGGAAAGCAUGAGAGACUACAUGGAAAAUGCACACUUGCAGCUAUUGCGCAUCAACGUCCUAAAUGCUACAUUAGAGAUCCCGGCAACUCAGGCAUAUGGCAUCCGAACUGAGGCUGAUGCGAUUGCUGCUGCUCAGGCAGCCAGCCUUGAGGACCAAGGACAACGCUUCAAGCCCGCUUCCAGAAAGGGAAUUGCGGCGAAGUUAGGAGCAGCAUUCGGUGAAAGUUAA